UACGCAAACUUUCCUGACUGGGAACUUCCUGAAGCAACUGAGUUUCACUUUUAAUUUCUUUACAUUUCCCUGAUUUCGAAAACAGCACGGAUGUUUUAAUCAGCACUGUAUCGUUUAAAAUACAAAUACGAACACGAAGAGCGUUUUAAAAACUUCUCUCCUAUGGUUGCUUUCAAGGUAAAAGUAUGGCUGCCCUAGAUUCCUCUAGAAAUAUAAAAGAAGCCGAGGAUGCAGCUCAAAUGCUGAGUGACGCCAUCAACUCUAGAGACAAAGAUGAAGCGACCAAAUACCUGGAUCAACUUUUGGAUCUAAAACUCCCAGUGUGUGUCAAAAUAAAUCCUGAAGUGUACUCUCAAGACUGCAUCAGGUUGAGAGUAGGAGUGGCGGACGCCGUGUCAGAUGCCCACAUCCCAAUUACAGUGAUGGUACCAGUUUACAUGACAAUAUCAGAGCUGAAAGAAAAGAUCAAUCGUGACUAUGACUUCCACCCGGCCCUCCAGCGCUGGGUGAUCGGGAAGCGCCUCGCCCAGGACAGAGAAACCCUGUAUCAUUAUGGGGUCAGAAGCCACAAUGAUUCAGCCUUCCUCUUCAUCCUUUCCACCCAGGCUGCCAAUCUGAGCCGCGAACAAGAGAGAAAAGAGAAAGAGGAUAGACGGAUCGAUGAUAUAAUUGAGAUCAUUGAUCGUCCACCUCAUCGCCCACCAGAGCUCGUCGCCAGAGGAGUUAAUCACCCUCCUCUACCUCCCAAACCUCAGCCAGUUGGUUGGUCAUGUUCUGGCUGCACGUUUAUGAAUAAACCAACACGUCCAGGUUGUGAGAUGUGCAGCACAGCAAGACCUGACAACUAUAAAGUACCUGACAUGUACCAGCCGGAUGAGGUGGAAACCAGGAGACUCCAGCAGGAGGAACUCGCCAGCCUGCAGUACGAGCAGUCUGUGAAGGAUGAACGGGAGAGGAAUUUCCAAGAACUCCUUGAAACGGAUUCCCACAGUCUGGUGGGGAAUGUGGAAGAUCUGGACUGUGCCAUCUGCUUUUGCACCAUCCUGCCAGGAGAGGGCGCUGUGCUGAGAGAGUGCCUGCAUAGCUUCUGCAGGGAAUGCCUGAAGGAAACCGUUCUGAACUGCAUGGAUGCCGAGGUGGCUUGUCCUUACAGAGACAAUGCCUAUUCCUGUAACUGCCAACUUCAAGAUCGAGAAAUCAGAUCACUUCUCUCUCAGGACGAGUACCAGAAGUUUCUAGAACUGAGGCUGAACAUCGCAGAGUCCCGCAGUGAGAACAGUUACCACUGCAAGACACCCGACUGUGCUGGCUGGUGCAUCUUCGAAGACGACGUGAACGAAUUCACAUGUGACAUUUGCAACGAGACCAACUGUCUCCUAUGCAAGGCUAUUCACAAGGGAAUGAACUGCAAGGAGUACCAGGAUGACCUCCGUAUUCGAGCGCAGAAUGACGACACAGCCCGGCAGACCACGCAGAUGCUGGAUCAACUCCUGAAGAACGGCGAGGCGAUGAACUGUCCCAAAUGUCAGGUGAUCGUCCAGAAGAAAGACGGCUGUGACUGGAUCUGCUGUCUGAUGUGCAAGACCGAGAUCUGCUGGGUGACUAAACAAGCCCGAUGGGGACCUCAGGGUGCUGGAGACACAUCGGGCGGUUGCAAAUGUCGAGUCAACGGAGUUCUUUGCCAUCCGCGCUGUCAGAACUGCCACUGAUUCCACAAGCAAAAACAUGCGCUACAGCAACAAAACACAAAACUCCUCAAAAUAAUCCAGGCGGGGUUGAUGCGCUACAUACAGUUUGCAAUUAUAGCUUUUGCUCAUCUAGUCAUAUCACUGGCACAUUCAUCUGGAUGUCAGUACUUAAUAGAUAUGUUCUAGGACUAAAUAUUCAGAAAAUUUAAAAUAUCCGAGGUUUCAUGGGAUAGUAUAAACUGAUGAAAAAGUGACAUUUUUUAAAUAUACUUAAAGUGAAAAGUGACGUGACAUGUGGCCAAGUAUGG